GCGCGCUCCGCCCGCCCCGGAGCCUCGCCCUCCGCCACGAUGAGCAAAUGAGCGCGAGCGAGGGCAUGAAAUUUAAAUUCCACUCAGGGGAGAAAGUGCUGUGCUUCGAGCCUGACCCCACCAAGGCGCGAGUGCUGUACGAUGCCAAGAUUGUCGAUGUUAUUGUUGGGAAAGACGAAAAAGGCAGAAAGAUCCCAGAAUAUCUGAUCCAUUUUAAUGGUUGGAACAGAAGCUGGGAUAGAUGGGCAGCUGAAGAUCAUGUCCUUCGUGACACCGAUGAAAAUCGGAGAUUACAGCGUAAAUUGGCAAGGAAAGCUGUAGCUCGCCUGAGAAGCACAGGAAGAAAGAGGAAGCGCUGCAGGUUGCCUGGUGUGGACUCUGUCUUAAAAAGCCUCCCUGCUGAAGAAAAAGAUGAAAAUGUUGAAAACUCAAUAAGCAGUUCCUCUGAUGACAGUAGUGAAGAAAAGGAUGAAGAAAUAAGUGAAGAAAGUGAUAUUGAAGAAAAGACUGAAGUGAAGGAAGAACCAGAGCUGCAUGCAAAAAAGGAAAUGGAAGAAAGAACAAUAACUAUAGAAAUCCCUGAAGUUCUGAAAAAGAAGCUUGAGGACGAUUGUUACUAUAUCAACAGGAGGAAACGGUUAGUGAAACUUCCGUGCCAGACCAACAUCAUAACUAUUUUGGAAUCAUACGUGAAGCAUUUUGCUAUCAAUGCAGCCUUUUCAGCCAAUGAGAGGCCUCGUCACCAUCACGCUAUGCCACAUGCCAACAUGAAUGUGCAUUACAUCCCAGCAGAAAAGAACGUUGACCUUUGUAAGGAGAUGGUGGAUGGAUUAAGAAUAACCUUUGAUUACACUCUCCCAUUGGUUUUGCUCUAUCCAUAUGAACAAGUUCAGUAUAAAAAGGUGACUUCGUCCAAAUUUUUUCUUCCGAUUAAGGAAAGUACCACAAACGCUAAUAGGAGCCAGGAGGAGCUCUCUCCAAGCCCACCUUUGUUGAAUCCAUCCACACCACAGUCCACAGAGAGUCAGCCAACCACAGGCGAGCCAGCCACCCCCAAAAGGCGCAAAGCCGAGCCGGAAGCCUUGCAGUCGCUGAGGCGGUCCACGCGCCACUCCGCCAAUUGCGACCGGCUGUCUGAGAGCAGCGCCUCGCCUCAGCCCAAGCGCCGGCAGCAGGACGCGUCUGCCAGCAUGCCCAAGCUGUUCCUGCACCUGGAAAAGAAGACACCCGUUCAUAGCAGAUCAUCUUCACCUGUUCCUCUGACCCCUAGCAAGGAAGGGAGUGCGGUGUUUGCUGGCUUUGAAGGCAGAAGAACUAAUGAAAUAAAUGAGGUCCUCUCCUGGAAACUUGUACCCGACAGUUACCCCCCAGGUGACCAGCCACCUCCACCCUCUUACAUUUAUGGGGCGCAACACUUGCUGCGAUUGUUCGUGAAACUUCCAGAAAUCCUUGGAAAGAUGUCCUUUUCUGAGAAGAAUCUGAAGGCUUUACUGAAGCACUUUGAUCUCUUUCUGAGGUUUUUAGCAGAAUACCAUGAUGACUUUUUCCCAGAGUCUGCCUAUGUUGCUGCCUGUGAGGCGCACUACAGCACGAAGAACCCCAGGGCGAUUUAUUAAGGUUUUGAUGGUUCUGGAAGAACAGCUUCUCUAUCUAGCUUUGCACUCUCGGUUCCCAAUAAGGAACUAGGGAGUUGGUGGGCCUUCCUUACAGGCAGAGCGAAUGCGACACCUGCCUUGGGGGGGUGUGGCAGAGGCGGGCCCAUUUGUUUGAGUUGCUUACCUACCGUAGUUAUUUCUGUGAAGGAUUACUUCCUAGGUACCUGAACGGCCUCCAACAUGUGACCCUUGCCACGGUACAUGUCAUCUGUGACGGCAGGAAAAGAGCAGCUGUGUUCACAGUGAAAUGUUCACAAAAGUGUGCGUAGGUUGGGCUGUUUCAGUAGAUGGAGUUACUUGUUAGCAAUAACCACAUUUUUUAGUUAUUUGUUAGCAUUAAACAAAAUUGUUUUGCAAACCGUUUUCAUUCCUGUGAUGAGGCUGAGCAACAAAACAUUAGUUUUGCUUGGAAACCGAAAAGUAGUCCCAGAAUAUUUUAGAGAGAGUUGAUAUUGAUGGCAAAAGAAAAUUUGCAGCUAUACAUUUGCUUGCUGCAGUUCCUUUCCUAUAAAACCUUAUUUUUGGUGAUUUAAAUAAAGCAUUGCCUGAAUGUUUGAGAUUUUAUAGUUACACUUGGUUGUGUAAUGUUAUAGUUCCCUUUCUGUAAGAUGUUAUUUUGGGUGAUCUCACAUAAAUCAUUGCCCGUCUUGUUGGAAAGAACCAAGAGAGAAUUUUCACUCUGGUCUUGUCCUCUUUCUUCAUUGUAGAAAAACAGUAAGGUAACUUUGAUUCAUAACUUUUUUGUGUUUUAUUUUGUUUUCCCUUUGUGACUUUUUUAUUAAGGACUUUUGUUUUCCUUUCCUUCUUUGAUUUUGCCCGACUAGAAGGUGGUUACUGGAAGUUGGGGCAGCACCUCGCUGUCUUAUUGCCCCACUCUGGGCUGGUUUGGGGCCAACAUAUUUACCCUCUUCCAUCAUUACCAGCUGAUGGUCUCUGAAGUCAUCCUUCUAAUCCUCAUCUUAGUCUCUCACAUGCCUGCCCUUUUCCCCAGGAUAUUUUAGAAAGUUCCAGCUCUGUUUGAGGGAUGCCAGUACCAUACAAGCCUUGAACAUAGUAUCUGCAUUUUCUCGUAGCUCAGUUUAGUUGACCUUAAUUUCCAAAGAUCACUGGACAUGAACAACAAGAGCCACAGGGAGUUUCAAAAGCUCUCUAAAUGGUUCCAUCAAAGAGACUUCUGUAUACGCUGACCCGUGAGAAUCAGAACCUCGAAGUCGAGUAAUGUCAUCUUAGUGCACAUAGUUGCUAAGUAAAAGUCAGGUUUUGGCUUCUAACCUGGAGUAGCAUUUGGGUUCAUGCUAGGUUUCAUCUCCAUUUGGUUUAUGCAAUGCUUGUUUAAAUCUGGUGCACCUGCAGUAUGCUCUGAAUUGUUGAAAAAGUUAAAUCAGUAAUUAUUCAUGGCCUGGAAAAGAAAAAAUUUUUCUGUUAUAAGAAUCUACUUGUUAAAUGUCCCCAAUGAAAUGAACACAGACUGUCUCUUGGAACAUUUAUAUAGUUAUAUACCUUGAGUUUACAAUUAAUGCAUUUUCUAAUAACGAACAAUUAUUUUCUUCCCCUAAAGGCAUUUUUUUUUUUUUUUGUGGCCGUGCGCAUGCGGGAUAUUAGUUCCCCGACCAGGGAUCAAAUGUGUGCCCCCUGCAGUGGAAGUGUGGAGUCCUAACCACUGGACUGCCAGGUUCUUAAUCACAACUUCCCUUAAGUUGAUUUGUACCUUAGGUUGAUUUAAAUAACUGUUCAAAGUAUUAUCCCUUUAUUGUAUAUUGCUAAUAAUUUUUCAAUUAAUUCAUCAGUUAAAAAAAUGAUUUAAAUGGCUAGACUGGACUUCCCUGGUGGUGCAGUGGUUAAGAAUCCGCCUGCCAAUGCAGGGGACACGGGUUCAAGCCCUGUUCCGGGAAGAUCCCACAUGCCGCGGAGCAACUAGGCCCACGCACCACAGCUACUGAGCCCACGUGCCACAACUACUGAAGCCCACUUGCCUAGAGCCCGUGCUCCGCAACAAGAGAAGCCACUGCAAUGAGAAGCCCGCGCACCGCAACGAAGAGCAGCCCCCCCGCUCGCCGCAACUAGAGAAAGCCCGCGCGCAGCAACAAAGACCCAACGCAGCCAAAAAUGAAUUGUUAAAAAUUAAAAUAAAUUUAAAAAAAUUAAAGUAAAUGAAUUUAAAUGUCUAGACCAUCCUUAUAAAAAUUAUACAUUAUCCUUUUUUUGUCAAUUUUUAUAUUGUUACUUUCCUAAACUGCCAAAUCUUGCGGUUAAGUAUCACAUCAUUGGAUUAAUGUCUUCCUUUUAAGUUGUUUAAAGAUGUAUUAAAAAUAUUUCUAUAACUUGUGUGUCAUAUCAGUGUACUAGGACUUUGAAAAAAACACGUGAGAAGCAAAAAAACAUUUCCGAACAG